GGGGCAAGAAACACAAACAUGGAAAUAGAGGAACUCGAUGACUACGUGGUGUAACCUUGACGCAUGAUCCUGUCUCGAUUAUGCUACAACCCGAAAUGUCUGGAUAAAUGCUGAGGCGAUGAUGGGACAUAUUCGAAGGCAUGUUUCCAAAGAUCAUGCGUACAGAAAGACGCUUUUGGGCAACAACUCCAUGGAAAGCAUGUUAUUCGUCUCGAGGCGUCACAUUCCGCCGGCGGACCUGAGGCUUUAUGGCGUCUUGGCGAUCCGGAUGUCCUCUGCGAUAAUGUUUCAAGCGGGCGUCCUUUCGCUUGUACACAUUCGUGCAAUUUGGCUCUUCACAUGGGAACAUCUUUCUUAUCCCUCCUGCGCCACCAUGCUGGAUUCUCUUGUGCCUAGCCAAGUUGCCUCUGCGGUAUUCACCGGUGAACUGGGCUUUGCAAUUCCCCAAAUCGCACACCAAGACAGCCGGUGUUUCCGGAGAUGAAGCAUCUGUUGAUGACCUCGACCUUUGGUAAGGCCAUGGCAGACUUGCAUGAAGUCGUUCAGGUCGUC